AUGUCCGGAAAGGGCCUCAACAACGCAAUUCAUACCUUCAUCGGUCUUUCGCACGCUUCUCCAAACGACUACUACCUGGCCGUCGUCACCAAAGAUGAUACGUACUUCGAUCAACAGCCAGGGGCAUAUGACUGCAGAGGAUCCAGCUCCGUUCUUCGACACACUCUUCAACAGGCCGGCGUCGUCUUGCAACAUGUCGAUACCGGUCUCCACGGCGCCUUACAAGCCGAUUAUCCGAACGAUCACUUGUUCAUUGACUUCGGUAAAAGUGUAGGACCCAUUCGACUUUUUGUUUUCGAUGGCACCACGCUCUCGGCCUUUCGCAAGCUAACGACAAAUGCCUGGUGGUGUCGUCACCGAGACGCAGUUCGACUUCUCCCGGUCCCUCUUCCGCUUCUGACAUGGACAAAUCAAGUCACCGACCAUCGCAUGAGAAAUUUCAAGGCGGCUUGGCUCUAUCGAUCUCAAAAACUCCACCAAGAGGGACAUGACGAUCAGGCCAACAUGGGCACGGCGAGCGUCGGCGACUCGGCGACGGCGACCCCAAGAAAGCAAGCUGCACGACCCGCACAGCCACAGGAGAUGUCCUGGGUCACAGCAGAGCUCAACGGAAUCGCAAAGGCUGUUGCUACGACCGAGCGAUUUCCGGCGAUGGGUCGCACCGACAAAACCGGCUCCUCUUCGCUCCUCGUCGCCGAAGGGCAUGACUCCCUCGCCGCCUACCUCUUCUUUCCUUCGCAGGAACAAGGACAAGGCCCGACGUUUUACCGCCGAGUGCGCCGGCUUUUGCAAAGACGAGGAUGGACAUUAAAUCUCCAAUACAUGGCAAUCUACAAGGAUUGCACCCUGAGAGUGCUUCAAGAAGACAUGCGGGCGUUGAGUUUUGCCUGCGAGUGGUUGCCUUGUGGCGUCCGUUUUUGGCACAUCACGGUGGGCAUAUUUGAUGGUCCCUUAAUAUUUUUAUCUCCACACACUAAGCAAGCAUGGAUGGACCUUGAACCUCCAGGUGAUACUCAGCGAUCUACAAGGAUUGCACCCGGAGAGUGCUUAGAGAAGAUUUGCGGGCGAUGCGUGUGCCGCGUCGACCCCGAGCGGAUAGACGCCCACACCGCAAUCCACUCCCCAAGGCUGUCAGAUGCUUCCGCCCCUUGGGGAACCGGAACCCCCUCGGACACCCUACUACACUCACCAGCACGCCCAAUAGGAUCACUACUUUUUAUACCGACGCUGGGUCUGACAAGGAAGUGGGACCAAGCUGGAAGGUCGCUGCUUCUAGAAUCUGUUCCUCCUCAGGCGAAGGUCGCCUAUAAGGAAAGAAAGCUACGACGCAUGAUAAUCGCGUUGAUAGACCGCACGGGCAUCAAGGUUUACCGUAAGCUGCGCGCCCUUCCGCCAUUGGAAGAACUCGACGCUAUCCUCGGAGACGAGCCACUCCGCGCAGAAAACGAGGCACUCUGCGCAAGAGAGGAGGCAAGCCGCGCAAGAGAGGAAGCGCUCCAUGCCGAAGUCCGCAAGCUGCAACAGUUGGUUGCCAAGUGGCAGUUGCCGUCCGUGGAGCUCCACUGUUCGAACGCCCUGAGCUCGCGUAUAAGAUUGGCACAACGCAAAAUCCCAACGGCGCACGACUUUAUCGGGUCCGCGAAACGUCGCCGUCAUCGACGGAGAGGAGGACAGGAGAAGCGUGUUCGGCGGAAAGUGGUCGGAAUCGCAGCACGAUGUGAUCUCACCGCCAAGCUGAACGAUUCGGAGUUGCAGCGAGAGGCUGAAGACCUAGAAGCUGCCACCACUGUCAUCUCAAAUCUAGCUCGCUUCAAGGUGCCUUUCGGGUUGUGCGACUCGCUGCGUUUCGCAGGACGACAUGAACCCGUACAUCGGAAAGACAAGACCAAAUCUCCUCGGCCGACACCGGUGUGCCCAAAGCGAGAUCUAAUGCAAAUGCCAUCUCAGCGCAAGCCCGCCGCCCCUGCCCGAACAUCACUUGUUGUCGAGCUUGCGACGGCUGUCGGGGAGCAGCGCGGCCCUGCCAUAAUCAUCGCUAGAGUGCCAGCGGAUGUGUGGCGCCUCGUGUCCGUAUAUGCGCCGCGCGCUGCAGAGCAAAUGUCGAAGGUAUCGAAGGACCUCCGAUGGGCAACAUGUUCACUACUAUUCCAAAGAGCUACUAUGACGCCGGUCCGCCACGCACUGAACAAAGAAACGAUGUCCUCGCUACCACCGCCUACGCAAUCGGAGAGUAUCUGCAUCAAGUCGAUCAAGGCUGCACAAACAAGCGAUCAAGGGGAUGCACGGUCGAACCACAUCAAUCAUCGCAAUCAGUUCCUCCAACAUGACAUCCACCAGACCAGCCAUUCUUGCACCGACUGCCGCCGCCCGACCGUGGCCGUUUCCGAUUUGCCUGUCUCGAUGCGGCAGAACGGCUUGUACUCGAAAGCCGCGUCGGCAAUAUCGGCAGCGCUUUGGGGUCGCGAGCUCAAUCACAUUUCUGGAGCAUAUUACGCCGAUUACGGUCCCACCACCGCCCCCCCUUUUACAACAAGCCCGCACAGGAUCGUCACGUAUCCUGUCCUCACCUGGGGUUCCGUCAUGAGUUUCACCUCCCAUUUCGGGUGUUACGGACACUGCCACCGACACCAUGACGACUACAACCACUCGGGCACAACGUGCAUCCUCCGGUGCUGCCAAGAAGGCUUCGGUCCCGGCACCGAACCCUCAGCAUCAUCCGGCUCCUACCGCACAGCAGCAGCCAGCACAAACCCAGCAGCAACAACGCCCUCCCAAGACCAGAACGGACCGGUAGCGACCAGAUUGGCUUCGACGGCACGCACAACAUCACCUCGUCAGAGGGAGAAGAAAGCGACCACGCUGUGUGGGGGAACGAGACGGCCUGCUCUCGCUCAGUAUCUAGUUCGGCGACAUAAUUUGGCAAUCACAAACUCGAACAUCAUUGCGGCUUCAACUCGCUGGCUCUCGGACGAUUGGGCACCAGGGGAUUCGGGCCCGCAGCAGGACAGCAGGACAGGAAAUGGGUUGGCUGCGCUAGAGCUAGAGGCCGACUGGCUCGCGCAUGUGAUCACCACCGACGCAGAUUUCCAGUAUGAAGCCGACGAUAUCAUUUCGAUCCCAACCAGCCAAGCAUCCCUGAGGAAAGAACCCGACUCAAAAAGCUGUCCGACCAUGAUAACUACCCUGAUCUCCCGAGCAAAUCCCUCGUCGCUGAAGUCUGCACGAGCAUCACAUAUGUCCAUGGAAAAAUCGUACAAGUCGAACGGCUUCUGGGGUUUCUUCUUGUCCGCGGAGGCCUGCUCUUUUAGUCUCGAACGCGCAAACCAACGGCAAGAAUUGUUCGUAGCAUCCGUUCCAAAGAAAAGAGCAACAGCGCUCCUCGCCACACCACGCGCCGCCGCGCCAAUGACAAGCGAGCACGAGCGAUGCGGGGGAAAGGGGGCGCCGGCGGUGGCGGUGAAGGAGGCGGUGGCGGCGAGUAAUGUGGGGGCCGAAUACAAACAUUUGCAAGCGGUUCAAUUUCCUUCUUUACAAGAGCACCAUCUCGAGCGAGCAGCAAUCCACGGAUUGAACCGCAUGGGCUAUCAUGCGACCAAUGCGAAGGAAGGAACCCGCGGAACCAAGGAAUGCCUUUGGCAUUUCCAUGCCUCCGGGGGUCCCGCAAACGGCCCCCACGUCCAUGCGGUCCCCUCAAGACCGAUGUUUCGCAUGCCGCAAUACGACACCCCCGACUUCUCGAACAUGUAUGCCUUCCAACGGUACCCGCAACAAGGGUAUAUGGUAUCGUUCGACUUGAAAGACCGGCAACCGCUGCGUCCGAUCAUGACAAGGAAAAGAAGUUCCUUGCCCAUACGAAAGGAAGAUGGACGAGUCGCAAAGGAAGAUGGACGAGAUGAAGAGGAAAAUGGACGAGAUGGAGAGGACUAUGGGCGAGAAGCAGAGGAAUAUGGAGACGACAUCGAGCUGCUCAGGAGUGGCGGCCUUCUUCGUCUACCGAUGACAUUGCCGGACACUGGAUACGCCUAUCGCAAACGGGCUCGAAUCCCAUUGUUGGGGACAUGGCCGUCGGUCAAUCAGUGGGGUGCUGCGACAGUCCACAGGGCUACCCGGAUGAGCAAAGCCGCCGGCGAGUGCAGGUCGCCAUCGUGCAUAUCGAUUCUCGUCCAUGUUGCCGAAUACGGGUUACAUGAGGAACUGGUGUCGUUACAGAAAGAAGACGGGAGUGGGGAUGCGAAGAGUCCAGAUUCGGACGGGAGUUGGGUUGAGCGCUGGCGCAAGAAGCGUUUCGUCGGAUUCCGCCAACGCACGCAAGAACUCGAAACUCGCAUGAAGACGCAGCAAAGCCACAAAAAACGGACCUCGUGUCUUGCGAUGUGUGGUGCGAGGACUGCGGCAAUACGCCUACGACAGAUCUACGUCAAUCUGCAAGCUAAACGCCGUGCGCGCCGAUUUCGAGGCCAUCAAGGCGUUCCCUGCCACAACGGGCGAGAUCCGUUAGCGUUAGAGACUGGACGCUCGGCAUGCCACACAGCCCACCGACUACGGCACUCUUUGAGUUGUUCGCCCUGCGCUUUCGCGAGACGAUGGAGGUCAAUGUCCUCCCGCGAAGUGGUGCGAAGCCGAGGGGAAACUCGUCGAACAAUGUUGCAAAGGGCGAACGCGCCUCGCUACAUCGACGGCCGAAGAGAAGCGAAAGAUGGCCGAAGUACUAGGACAACGGUCUCUGCGGUCGGUGCCAGCUACCUCCAUGGUCAUGGUUAUAGCAGGACACCCGACGGGCCCAAUUACUGGACUACGCCCGGCGACAUUGGAGCGGACAGUUAA